AUGUCGUUCUCCAACACAGACACCGGCAGCAAGCCCGCUGACCCCUACAAGACCGCCAACGUCGAUGGCGGCGCAACCACCCAGGAAAAGAUCGAGGCUCUCGACAAGUUCGUCAGCUCGUGCAAGUUCGGCAUGAUGACCACCCGGGAUGAUAAGUCCGGCAAGCUGGUAUCCCGAUGCAUGGCCGUCACUGCCAAGGAAACCGGCACCCUGGACCACCUCUUCUUCACCAACACCGAAUCACACAAGACGGACGAGCUGAAGGGUGACCCCCAUGUCAACAUCUCCUUCCUCGACAGCUCCGGCCAGUGGGCCUCCAUCUCGGGCACCGCUACCAUCGAGACGGACCGCAGCCUGAUUAAGAAGCACUACAGCUCUUCCCUGAAGGCCUGGGUUGGCGACCUGGGCGAUGGCACUCACGACGGAUCCGAGAAGGACCCCCGAAUUGGCAUCAUCCGUGUCAAGAUGGAGACGGCGACCUACGCCAUCACGGACAAGAACCUUGUGGGUCGCAUGGCAGAGGUGGCUAAGGGAAGCGUAACGGGACAAACAGCCAGCGUCAACAAGCUCCGGGAGAUCGACGCGGCCGAGGUUCAGACGUGGAGAUCGGUACACUGA